UCCUGGGUAACGGUCGCGGUGUAGCUUGUAAACAAACUACACGAAAAAAGUAACACGCAUUCAUGUCUUCGUAAUAUUUGAAAAUUUCUUUUUGAACCGGGUAUAAAUAAGAAAAACAAUAGUGAAAGAAAGGAUAUCAGGUUGCAAAAAAUUAUGGUGAAGGAAACUAUUAGAAUUUAUGCUCGACUGAAACCGACGAAAUAUCGAACUGGGCUCUUUGAGAUUGAAAAUGAUCAAGCUGAUGGCAGUUCAAUCGUCCAAUUUGUUAUCCCUAAAGAGUUUGCAGAUGGAUUUGUAAACAACAAGAAAGAAUUAUAUAAGUUCAAGUUCCAAAAUGUCUUCAACCAAGACAUCCAGCAAGAUGUUAUCUUUAAGCAUGUUGCUCAACCAGUUGUUGACAGUGUCCUUGCCGGAUAUAAUGGAACUAUAUUUGCAUAUGGACAGACAGGCAGUGGAAAAACAUUUACAAUCACAGGAGGGGCUGAGAAAUAUGCAGACAGAGGCAUUAUUCCAAGAACUCUAUCUUACAUCUUUCAAGAAUUCAGCAAGAACACCGAUUGCACAUACACCGUCCAAGUGUCAUAUCUGGAAAUUUACAAUGAAAAUGGAUAUGACUUGCUUGAUUCAAGACACGAAGCAGCCAGGAUGGAAGAUCUACCAAAGGUGACAUUGCUUGAGGACCCAGACCAGAAUAUACACCUGAAGAAUUUAAGUCUCCAACAAGCGACCAAUGAGGAAGAGGCACUGAAUUUUCUGUUUGUUGGGGAUACAAAUAGAAUGAUUGCUGAGACUCCGAUGAAUCAGGCUUCUACUCGUUCACACUGUAUAUUCACAAUUCAUCUCACUUCUCGACAGAUUGGUUCAACUUCUCUCCGAAAAUCUAAACUUCAUCUUGUUGACCUUGCAGGAUCUGAGCGAGUUGCUAAAAGUGGUGCUAAUGGCCUGCUGUUGACUGAAGCCAAAUAUAUUAAUUUGUCCUUGCACUAUUUGGAACAAGUAAUCGUUGCACUUUCGGAAAAAAAUCGAUCCCAUAUUCCUUACAGAAAUUCCAUGAUGACAUCUGUGCUGAGGGACAGCCUUGGUGGCAACUGCAUGACUUCAAUGAUUGCUACAUGUGCAGUCGAUAAAAACAACAUUGAUGAAUCAAUCUCUACUUGCCGUUUUGCCCAGAGAGUGGCACUCAUCAAGAACGAGGCCAUUCUAAAUGAGGAAUUUGAUCCAAAGUUGAUGAUUUCCAAACUAAAGAAAGAAGUUAACCAACUGAAAGAGGAGUUAGCCCUGCGAACCGGAGAUAUACGGGAGGACGAACUUACAUCUGAAGAGAUACAGCAAUGUAUAGAUUUGGUAAACCAAUACUUAGAAGAUUCUGAUUUGGAAGCAGUCUUAGAUGUCGGAGCUGACAUGCGGAAAAUACAGAAAUGUUUCGAUAUAUUAAAGAAACGGCUUGAAGAACAAACAGCAAGGUUCCAGUCAGAGACAAGAAGUAAAGAAACCAACGCAGCCAACCACCAAGAUCUUGAUGUGAGUCCGUACUUCUCAGCGGAGGAAAGCAAACUGAAGAAUAUCAUUAUGCAAAGAGAUAACGAAAUCAAUAUCCUUUUGUGA